UGGUAUACCAAGGAAUGUAACCAUAACAACAAUGAACCUGAACAGUACUGCAACAUGGCAACCUCCUGUUGAUGUUAACGUCAGCAUGCUACCACUUGUAACGUAUUCGGUGAAAGCAGGAGAAUUUAUUAGAAGAAUGAAACCUGUACCAGGAUGUCAGGAUAUAAAUGAACUUGAAUGUCACAUCGGCGUUUUUGGAAAAAAUGAAUGGUACUAUGACGAAAUUGACAAAGGUGUUGUUGAAGUCACGGCGAGUAUUCUGGGUGAUACGAGUGAACCAAGUUUUGCAAAGCAGAACCUCCUAGUUGAAGCACUGAUGGGUCCAGGGGUUCUUCAGAUCAACUCAACGGGCACCAGCAGUAUAUCUGGAGAAAUUAUCUAUCCACUGACACCAUAUGUUAGACAAGACAACAAAGAACCAAUGAGAAUGAAUGAUGAUGACCUCAACCUCUAUGAGAUGAAAACAUAUUUGUACCUGAGACUGAGAGGCGAUGACGUAAUUCAGGAUCAGCUGACACGGAGAAGUAGCGAGACCCUUUUCCAUUUCGAAGAUCUUCAGCCUGACACAAAGUACAUUAUAGAUAUGCAUCGUAAGUAUGGUGGUACACCAAAAAAGGAAACGAAGACAACGACAAUAGAAGUGGAGACUAAUAGCGAGACUACAUCAGAACUGACAAGAGGAAAAGUGGAAAAACCAACUGCCGACGUUGUAUUUCUAUUGGUGUUAGUAGUUUUGGUGUAUGUCUCUUUUGUUGUGGUGUCUUUUGUGACUGUUUUGGUGUACCGUUGGUGGCGCAAACAAUCGCAACGGGAUAAAAUUACAAUAAAAAAUGUGAACAACAAGCUGUCAAUGUUGAGAAAAACAUACGGAGCUGAACCACAACACAAAGAAGUAUACAAAGAAAUAUUCGAUGAGCUGACCAAUCGGAAAAACUUGCCUUCAACAAGCGCCGACAACCAUCAUACUCAAACAUUUGAAAAAGAUGAACUCCGUGAUGUAAACUUAAUAACCAUGGAGAAAAGAGGCACAGAGAGCGUUUGUAAUUCAAAAAUAGGGACUUCGUCAUCUGCAUCAGAUGCAUUCUUUACUGCGUCACACACAUCGUCAACAGUUACCGAUUCUGUCACCUAUACAACAAUUCAAUUUCAAACCUCACAUUAUUUACGUCUUGAUCCCGCAGUAAAUUUGAUAUCAGCGCAAUGUAAGUCGGUUAAUACUUCUCAUGAACAAGGGGGUAUAUUAGUUACACCCCCACUGGAAUGCACUGACUACAUUAAGUGGGGCCCACCAAAACCAUCGACUAAAGAGUUGCCCACUAAUGAGGCUGCUGUUUCUGCCGGAUAUGUGCCGAUGAAACUGCAUCACAAUUUGGUAACGGUAUGCCAUAAUUAUCAUCAUGGUGAGACAAUAGAACCCGUUAGCGAUAGUUUCGGAAUAAGCAACCAUCAUACUCAUAACAUUUGAAAAAAAAGAUUAUAAACUCCAUAGUUAGGCUCACUUCACGGCUUUCAUCAUCAUUUAAAACAAGAUGAUGAACGCCGUGAUGUAAACCUAAUAACCAUCAUCGAGACGAGAUGCACAGAGAACGUCUGUAAAUCCAAGAUAGGGGCCGGGCUUCAUCAUCUGCGUCAAACGCAUUUUCUACAGCGUCAAACGCACGGUACUGUGCCACACGCAUCGUCAGCAUCUACCGAUUCUGUCACUUACACAACCAUUCAAUUUCAAACUUUAAAUUACUUACGUCCUAACCCCGUAGUAAAUUUAAUAUCAAUACAAUGUAAAUAGGUUAAUACUUCUAAUGAGCAAAGGGAUACGUUGGCUACACCCCUACUGGAAAGCACUGACUACAUUAGGUAGGGGAUUGUAGAGCCCACAAAUGUAAAAAUCCAACACAAAUGUAAAAUAACCACAAAUGUAAAAACAUUGUACCCACAAAUGUCAAAGUAACCGCAAAUGCAAGGGCGUCGGAAGCGGUCCGGCUGGUUCGGACCAAUAAUUUACAACUCAAUAUCAUUUGUAAGCCAUAGUCUACUUUCUCUGACACAAUCAAACAUAACUUGCACAUUCAAAUUUGCAAGGGGCCCGCUGCCCAGUGGCAGUGGUGAAACUAGGUUACGAUUAGCCGUUUUUCGAGAGUGCAGUCAUCACUGAGGUUAAUAAUGCUAUAUCAGGAAAAAUAAUGACAAAAUCACAAUUAGCUUUUUAAAUAAUAUGAAAGAAAGUGUAUUGCAAAAAUUAUAUAAAAAUAAAUUGUUCAAAAUGUCUAUCAAUUCCAUAAUUAUAUGAAAUGAGAUGAAAUGAGAUGCUUAUUCCACAACGAAUGAAAAAAUAAAGUGCAAGAAACACGAACACAUUAUAUAAUGCAAUAUGAAUAACAAUGACUAUAGGUCUAUUAUAUUUAUACAAAUUAACGGAUGUUGUGAAAUACCUAAAAAAGAUUCUAGAUUCAAGAACACUUUAUUGUCCAUUUUAAAAUAGGAAUUUGUUUUUCCUUUGCAACAGUCUUGGUUAAGAAGAAUAAAAUUACAUUAAAAAUCACAUGACAGAACAACUUGGCAAUGGCGAUAAAUACGUUAAGAUAUUAACAAUUUAAAAUAGUAAAGUAGUAAAAAGUCAACAUAGAAAUCACUGUUUAAAUCUUUUUAAAAUUUACUAUGUGUAUCUCAGAAACAGACCAGCCAUUUUAGUAAAGAUUAAAACUAUAAAAACCUAGCAUUUUGCUAUAAAAUAAUUACAGCAUGCUAAUUAAAUAAAACGUGUUAUGUACACACAGGAUACAGUAUUCAUAUUCCUCCAUGAAUAGAUAAAAAUGCAAGAAACAGGAACAAAAUGAUAUUACCGUAUAUAAUGCAAUAUGAAUAACAAUGAAUGUGCGCCUAUUAUAUUUAGACGAGUUGACAUAUAUUGUGAAAUACAUAUAAAAAGAUGCGACCUAAUUAAAUUAACAUGUGUUAUGAAUACACAGGGUACAAUAUGCUAUGCAUUUUAGUAAACCUAUUAAAUGUCUUUUGAAUUAAGCUAGGUGAA